AUGGCUAAUCGACUAGAUGAUUAUCUCAAGCGCAAAAAUCUAAAGCUCAGGGGCAUUGCUGAAAUGGUGGAGCACGAAGAACUACCACACUUCGUUAGAAGAUUGAUGGCAACUAUCCUGCUCCAACAACAAGUCAAAUCACUGCUAUUUGAAAGCUGUCACCGACUACAUACCUCGAAAAAAACGCCGGCAGGUGUGCCUAGAGAUGUGCUGAUCCGCUUCUCGUCGUUCCGCGACAAAAAGCUGGUGAUGGAAACACUGCAGACGCAUUCACCCCUACAAUUUGAGACCUCAAGCCUCACGGCUUUACAAGACCUAUGCCAGUAG